AUGGCGGACUGCGCUUCACUGUUAGAUGAGGAGCUCUCUUCCUUUGUCUUCAAUUACCUGACAGAAAACUCCGGGAGCCAGUAUGGGGAGGAGGAGGUCUGCACGGACCGCCUGGACGCUGACUUCCCCGACAUCGACCUCUUUCAGCUUGACGGCAGUGACUACGACUCCGUCAACUGUCUUAGUGAGCUCCACUGGUGCAAUGAGCAAUCAGACAACUCCCCUGCCUCCAUCCAGUACAGCACUGGAGACCCUGAACUCUUUGAGAUAGAAGAGGAGAAUGCCGCGCUGCUUGCCGCGCUCACAGACAGCCUGGAUAGCAUGGUGGAGGACGAGGUAGGGGGGCUGUCUGUGUUUCCCUCGUUGGAGGGGGAUCCUGAGGAGGAGGAGGAGGAUGAGGAAGACGACCUCCCCUUGGACAAUGAGCCCUUCCCAGGCUCACAGACCCCAGAGACAGAGGACCCGUCUCUACUGAAAAAACUUCUGCUGUCUCCCCCAAACAUGGCCGUGGGCGUUGAUCCACACAAAGACAGCAGCCUGUUUCGUCAUAGCAGCAGGAGCCAACAUCUCAAGCCUGCCAGGACUGUGCUCAAGAGUAAUGACAGAACAAACACACAGGAGCGUAAGCCACGAGCAGUCCGGCCCGCGGGCCGCCUGUGCACCGAGCUCCACCGUCACCUGACCACCGGACGGGAAACGGAGGACACGCCCUCUGCUGAAACAGAGGAAGACGACGAAGAGGAGGAGGAAGAGGAGGAUGAGGAGGAGGACAGUGACUCUGAGGAGGAAGAGGAAUGUUCCAGCAGUGAGGGCGAGAGCGCAGGCUCUUUGGAGCCAGCCAGGCCUCAGUUUUCCUCAGAGAAAGAACUGCACUCGGUGGUGGAGCUGAUCAAGUACAUGCAUACAUACUGCCUCCCCACACGCAAGCAGGCCAGCUGGGACCGCAAAGAGCGCGAAGCCAUGGCCCGCAAGGCCAAACCCGAGAUCUCCCCAGCCCCCCGACCCCUUCAGAACUGUCCCAAAACGGCUCCUCAAACCAACGGCGGCGCCCCCCGGCCGCGGAUCGCCUUCGUCCGCCAGCGGGAGCUGAAAGCCCAUUCCCUGCUCAGGGAGCUUCUGGAGGCGGUCAACUCCUUCGACGUGAGCAAGCCUUACAGACUGCACAGCCCCCCCUACACCCACUGCAAAGCCCACGUGGCCAGGCCAGCCACUUCCCCCCCUGUUCGCCAGCCCAAGGCUGAGCUCAAAGACUCAGACAGCGAGAGCUCGCGGACGGCCGCCAAGCGCCCAAAGAGCCCCGAGCCUGAGGAAGAGUCCUCCUUCUCCGUCAGGCGUUCCCGUCGUCUGGCCUCCUUCCCCAGCCGCUUCGCCAAGAAAAGCCGGCCGGGCUUUGGCAGGUCGGAGUCCGCUCAGGAGGAGGUGCCGGUCAAACACCCUCCUGUUGACUCCCACGCGGAAAGGAACACCCAGAGGAGCGCCUCCCCAAAGAGCUCAGAACCCCAUAACCCUUGUUGUGACAAUGAGAAGCGCUCCUGCCUCUGUCUGCCGCUGACUCCCAAAUCCACAGGAGACACACAGUAUGCCAACAAACCCUUUGAGCAGACUCUCUGCGUGGAGCUGUGUGGCACAGCAGGGCUUACUCCUCCCACCACACCCCCCCACAAGCCUGUCGAGGACGAACUCUUUAAGCCAGAGGGCAAAGGUGAGCCCACCCCUAAAGGGUCGUGUCUGGGCCGAGCGCACAUGCGUAAGCUGCCAGAGCAGACUGAACUGUACGCCCAGUUACGCCGCAUGGGCCAAAUAGGCGCGGCUGAGUCCAAGAGUGGCACGCAUCGCACCUAUGGGGACCACGACUACUGCCUGCUCAACCUGGGAGACGGUCGCAAGAGGCCUGCACCCUCCCUAGCCAUCUACCACAUGGAGGUGAAGAGAGAGGAGGCUGAGAGCAGAGACAAGAAGGAGGAGAAGAACGGUGUGAAUGAGCAGGAUUCCCAGCAGGAGGACAGGCUCCUCUCCAAAGUCCCAGAGCAUCUGCAGUGGGCUGAGGACAAGAGAGGGGGCCCGUGUGACCAGUCGCCCCAAGCCUUAUCGCCCCGCAGCACAGCAGAGGGCACUGAAUGCACCCCUUCACGCUCCCCCUCCCCACAGCCCCCCAUAGACUCCCCCGAUUCCUUCCAGCCCUGCUCCCCAAGCAGCAAACUCCAUUACAGCUGUGAGAACGCUGAUACGUGCCAUGGAGACAAGCAGAGGACUAAGACGACGUCUGAGCAAGAGAACGACGAGGACAAGUGCCAAGUGUUCUACAUUCACAACCUGCCGAGCAGCGUCACACAGACCAUGCUUCGCAAGCGCUUUGAGGCUCUGGGUGACCCAGAGGAGUGCAAAGUCAUCAUCAAAAACGAGGAGCGGUGUGGAGUCAUCACUUUUCGGCAGGCUCAUAUUGGGCAGAGCCAGCGAGAGCGGGGAGAUUGUUUGGGGCUGAAUGGAGGGCCUGGCAGUCGCAGGUUCAACAGGAAGCGUUAUAUCGAUCUGGAUGAAGCGGGACCAGGUCCAGUAAAGAGCAAGUACGACGCGCUGGACUUUGAUACCCUGCUGAAGGAGGCCCAGAGGAGCCUGCAUCGCUGACAUGCCUUACCCAGCUCUUACCACCCCGACACUCACCUCAGUACCUCAACCAAGGCACCUCUUCAUGUUUACAUUUUGAACA